CCAGGAUUUUCUGCCAAACUGUGUCAGAUUUAAGACCAUGUUCCUUCAAGCUUCCUUGAAGGUUGUGAAAAGUUUGAAUCUAUAGUUGGGUUCCAGCCUGCUAUAGCUGCAAGUGCGUGUGGUCACACCACCUCCUUAUAAAGCAGCUAGAACCUAGGGCAUAGGAUGGAGAUUUUUUUUUCAGCUUCCUGGACAUGAAAUGACUGUACAGUGAUUCCUUGCUUCCAGUGGAAGGCAUGUCCACCCCCUGAUUAUUUUUGCAGCAGGAAACUUUUAAAUACUUUUUCACCUCUCUCUCCCAUACUAAGAUUGUGUGUGGCAGGGGGUUGUCCUUUGACUAACUCAAGUCAUUUCAUUGGAUUUUGAUUGCAACUGAUCAUGUGAUCUUUCCAUUUAAAGUGUUGGGGCUUCGAACUUCGCUUGGAGAAUGUCUUUUGCAAAACUUCUCCGCAGCUGCCUGGAAACAACUGCUUAGACAUCAGUGGACAUUUAAACUUUUCAAAAUGUAUAGAGAGUGGGCAGUGGUGAAUAUUCUCAUGAUGUUAUAUGUAUCCCUGCUUCAGGGCUUCAGUAAUGAACAUGGAGCAGUGAAGGAUUUUUCUUUGGAGCGAUCAUCCCGGUCCAUGUUGGAACGAUCUGAGCAACAGAUCCGAGCUGCUUCAAGUUUGGAGGAGCUGUUGCAAAUUGCACACUCUGAAGACUGGAAGCUCAAAAGUCUUGCCAGUACGGACUCGCGCUCAACAUCCCACCGCUCCACCAGAUUUGCGGCAACUUUCUAUGAUACUGAAACACUAAAAGUUAUAGAUGAGGAAUGGCAGAGAACCCAAUGCAGCCCUAGAGAAACAUGUGUGGAAGUGGCCAGUGAGCUGGGGAAGACAACCAACACAUUCUUCAAGCCCCCCUGUGUAAAUGUCUUCCGGUGUGGAGGCUGCUGCAAUGAAGAGGGUGUGAUAUGUAUGAACACAAGCACCUCCUACAUCUCCAAACAGGUCUUUGAGAUAUCAGUGCCUCUGACAUCAGUGCCUGAGUUGGUGCCCAUUAAAAUUGCCAACCACACGGGUUGUAAGUGCUUGCCCACGAUCCCCCACUAUCCCUACUCAAUUAUCAGAAGAUCCGUUCAGAACCCAGAAGAAGAUCAAUGUUCUCAUUCCAAGAAACCCUGUCCUAUUGACAUGCUGUGGGAUAACACCCAAUGUAAAUGUGUUUUACGAGACGAGAAUCCACUCCCCGGAACAGAAGACCACUCUUACCUCCAGGAACCAGCUCUCUGUGGACCACACAUGAAGUUUGAUGAAGAUCGUUGUGAGUGUGUCUGUAAAACACCAUGUCCCAGAGAUCUCAUUCAGCACCCAGAAAACUGCAGUUGCUUUGAAUGCAAAGAAAGUCUGGAAAGCUGCUGCCAAAAGCACAAGAUUUUUCACCCAGACACCUGCAGCUGUGAGGACAGAUGUCCUUUACUCACCAGAACAUGUGCAAGUAGAAAGCCAACCUGUGGAAAGCACUGCCUCUUUCCAAAGGAGACAAGGGCCCAGGGAUUCCACAGCCAAAAGAACCCUUGAUUCAACUUCCUCCCAAAUUCCCCAUCCCAGUCACUUUAAACAGCAUGAUGCUUUGUCAAGUUGCUGUCACUGUUGCCCACCACCCCUCAGGUGUUAGAAAAUUGAUUUUACCUAGUGCCUCGGUAAAUCCACAUUUCCAUGCAACAGCAGCUGGGUAAUUUCCUAGUUCACUGACAAAUGACUUCUACCUUCAGAUGCCUCUGCACACCAGUAUUCAGAGAGGAAGAGGUCUGGGGAGCCCAUUGUUUUGAUGCAUGAGAAAGGAUUGGCUGCUACAGAAUAAGCAGGUGCCUAUGAUUGAUUACUCAGACUGACAAAGUCCAAGUGCAAUGCUUAUGAAUUAUUCUGGUUCUUUCUUAUGCAGAAUUUCAUAUGUGUGGGCAGCACUAAUGUAAUUCCUGUUCAGCUUGUACUUUUCAAGUUUACUGAACCACUGCCUGAUAUUUCACAUUUAAAUGUAUUUAAAGGAAAUAAACAUCAUUACUCAA